GACUUGAUUGGGCAACUCUUUUUACUCUUUCUACGACUUUUACUCCAAAUCUUAAUCAAGUGAUGUAGAGCAGUCACUCGGAGUGUACUCCAAACUCUCCACCGUAUGGGCAGGGAACUUUGGAGUGUGACGUCACAAACCAACAUGGCGGCUUCUUCAGAAAGACGAACCAUGUUUCAAUGUGAAGACUGUCACAUGUUUUUUCUGUCUAUGGAGGUCUUUUACAACCAUCCAUGUGUAGCUUCAGCAGCAAGUGGUGUAACUGGUGUGAAUCUUUCGCAAGAUAGAACAGAGGAAGAAAUUGAUAGAGACAUUAAGAAGCAGGAGGAAGAGGAAGAAAGUUGUAAAUGGAGCCAGGCACCAACUUUACUGCUAAUUGCUAGUUACAAAGAAAGACAGGACCGUAUUGAUACGGGACGUUUGAAAAAGAAGAAGGCAUUUGAAGAAAUUGCACAGGUUCUUAAAGAGCAUCAGUAUCCAUUUACUGAUGCACAGUGUACAUCAAGGAUGAAAACUCUAAUACGACAGUACAAGACUGUUAAAGAUAAUAAUAAUACUUCAGGAAGCAAGCGUAAAUCCUUCAUAUACGAGAAUGAGUUGGACUCACUGUUCAAAGGGUCACCAAGCAUCAGACCAGAAUUUGUAAUGAGUAGUGCUACUGCUACUCAUAUGUCACAGUCAGAUGAAGAUGGUGAUGAAUUGGAUGAUGAAGGUGAAGUGACAAGAGCUGAUAAUUGUAAGAGAAAGACAGAACAUAUUGCAGAUGAAAAGGUAUCAGUCCCAAAAUAAGGAAAACACAAAUUUCAGAAGUAAUAGAUUUCAUGAAAAUCAGUGCAAGUGAACAGGAAAAGAGGCGUGAAGAAAGAGAGGAAAAAAAGGAGAAAAGACAUGAAGAUAAAAUGAAAAUGUUUCAAGAGCUGAUCAAUGUCUUAAAAAAAAAUUAAAGAAUUUUUGCAGCUGUUAUACUCCUCACAUAUAAAGCCCAUGUAAUCAAAAGCAUAUCAUUAUUCAAGCUAUCUUAUAGCACUACUACUAUCACUUGAACCAGUAUAGAAAUUUCAUUUACUUUUUAAUCAUUGUCUUGUUCAACAAGUGUGUAACAUUUGAUGCCAGGAAUUUAUUGACAACAGAGCAAAUUCAUAAUGUGUCUAUUUUAGUAAUAGUUUAAUUUAACAGCUUUAAAAUUUCAGAUGAAGAUUUAUGCAAAAUCUGCAUGGAUCGUACAGUCAACACAGUGUUUGGAGAUUGUGGUCACAUGAUAUGUUGUAUAACAUGCUGUGAGAUGUUGAAUAUCUGUCCAAUAUGUAGGAGAGAAAACAAAUCCUGGAUCAAGGUCUACAAAGCAUAGUCUGGACUCAUUCAACAGAGACUCCAAAAAUGAGAUUGUUUUCAUAAUUUGUUCUUUUUUGUGCCGGUUUAGCAAGCAGCUGUUUAAGGCAGUUUUACCAUGUUCUUUCAAAUGUGUGUUCAGUUUGAUUUUAUGUGCUUAAAAUAGUACAGUUUAAACUAUAUGUUAGUUCACUUAGCAGUUGUCUCUGCCAGUUAUACCAUUUUCUUUUCAAAUGUCUGUAAAUUUUGAUUACUUAUUUUAGAUCUAGAAAAAUUGUAUGAUGUUGGAGCAUUUAGUAGCAUUUAGCAAUUAUAUACUGUAGCAAGUAGCUUUCUCGACCAGUUCAUACCAUGUUCUUUCAAAUAAUGUGUUCAGUUUGUUUUUUGCUCACUUGCCACGAAGUGACAAGGUGAGCUUUUGUGAUCGCCUGAUGUCCGUCGACCAUCCGUCAACAAUUUCAAACAACUUCUUCUCCUGAACCACAUGGCCAAAAGUAAUGAAACUUGUCAGGAAUGUUCCUUGCAUGAAGAGAGAAAGUCAUUACUUGCAGAACUCUGGUCGCCAUGGCAACCAAAAGGAAAUUUUUUAAAAAUCUCCUUGUCAAAAACCACAAGGCCUAGAGCAAUGAAUUUUGGUUUAUAGCAUCAUCUAUAGUGGUCCUCUGUAAAAAUUAAUACAAUUAUGCUAGGGGUGUCAAAAAUGACCACGCCCCAGGGGUCAGUUGUUUUCUUUAAAUGUAUAUUGUAAAACAUUAAAAUAACUUCUUGUUCAUCAAUUCUUUAUGAAAUUUGGUCAGAAUGUUUAUUUUGAUGAAAUCUUGUUUGGGAUUGUAUAUGGGUCAUCUUGGGUCAGAUGAACAGGUGAGUGAUAUUGGACCAUCAUGGUCCUCUUAAUUGAGCAGAAGUAUGUCUGAGUAUUGUGAACUUCAGUUCAUUUUCUGUGAUUCUUAUGUUAACAAUGGUAGAAAAUAGCAAGAAAUACCAGAGCACAGAACGAUUCCAUACAAACAUAAAUUUGUUUUAUGUUAACAUAGUUUGAUAUUGUGUUCAGCUUUUCUUUUUGUUUAUAAAUAUGUUUUGCUGCACCUUGUUAUAACUUGUUGUUUAACAGAUUUUUCAACUCUCUGCAAGUAGCAGUUGGAUUUAUGUUAUAUUCUUUUUGCAAGAAACAUAACUGAGCCAUAUCAUGGGAAAACCAACAUAAUGAGUAUACAAAUAUGGAUCUAGGCCAACCCGUGCAUCUGCGCAAUGUCGCAAAGUCUGAUCAAGACCCAUACUGAUUGCUUUUAACAUCUGCAAUACUGAAUGGAUAUAUACUUGCCACUUAGCCAUUAAAUGUUGGUUUUUGCAUGACAUGUCUCAUUACUAGUCAUUAGUUUAAAUUUCUUCUGCUGUUGUAAUGAUAUUGUGCUUUGAAAUAGACAAGGAAAUACUUUCUGCUUAAUAACUUAGUUUGAGAUAUUCUAGUCAAACUUUACUAACAGACAGCUCACAACAAAAGAAGCAUUUAGAUUUAUUAUGGCAUAAUAUUGGCCUUGUGAAGACCAAAGGCAUAUCUUAAAAGUGCAGUCUGGCAUAUCUGUGUAAAGUUUUUAAAUUAUUCAAUGCGUUGUGAUAUUUUUUUGAGUUAUUACAUGAACAAAGUUAUUGUUUUAGCAAAUUAAGAAAUAUAGA